AUGACAUUUUUGAGAAGUUUCUUGGGUGCUAAUAAGCAAAUCAUGCGAAGGGAAUCAUCUUCGACACCAAGAGGAUUCAUGGCGGUAUAUGUUGGAGAGAAUGAUCAGAAGAAGAAGAGAUAUGUGGUGCCGGUUUCCUACUUAAACCAGCCUUUGUUUCAAGAACUGCUGAGUAAAUCUGAGGAAGAGUUUGGGUUUGAUCAUCCUAUGGGAGGCUUAACCAUACCAUGUCAUGAAUCUUUGUUCUUCACCGUCACAUCUCAGAUUCGAUGA